GACGAAUCGGCUACCUUGGUGCGCUCUGAGACGGAGUAUCCCAUCUGGCUGCCUCAAGUCAUCGGCAAAGUACACACAUGCGCAUGUGCGCCAACCGUGCAAGCUGAUGAAUACGCCAGGUCGCAGCUCUUGUCCACCAUACUUAUGACUUCCCAUCGGAUGAAGUGUAUUUGGAGUUUGUCAACCACACCCGGGCGACUUAUCCUGAUAAACCGCUUUGGAUGUCGGUCAGGAUUCCUGUCGCUUGUUUGGCUGUAACCGCCUGACGCGCUGCAAGGAAAUCUGCUGCUCGCUGGGUGAGGCGGAUGGCACGGGUCGAGGAUGGUCUGGAGGGUUUGACCCGACAAUCAAGAACGCUCUGAUGUGGACGACGAUGAUGUUCCAGAGUCUGAUCAUAGCUGAGCAACCCCAAUACGAUUUCUGGACACUCGUUUCUGGAGGGAUCGGCUGUUCCCCGCUCUCCGAUCCUGAAUGCGUGACGACGGGAAAUGCGGAUGGCUGGACGGACGGUCUGAUUUAUUACGAUCCCGACUAUGCAACGAAUGGCAACUACGAGCUCUACCUUACGAAACACUUCUGGACGUAUAAGCACUUUGGGAACUUUGUCAAACGUAAACGCUCACGCUCACGACUGACUCGUUCUGUAUCUCACAUUUACUCGCAGCUGGGACACAGCGGCGAUCGAUCGC